CUCUGGGAUUGCUGAAUAUUGACAUAGCAACCAGGCGGCAGAGCCAGCAACUUAUCUUCGCCCCGUAUUAGUUUUUGCUGUCCCUUUUUGCGUUUCGACUACUUGGCUUUGCUCUCGCCUGCUGCCAUGAAUGGCGCGGUGGUGAAAAAGACCCAGGAUACACUGGGGAAAGUGAUAAAGAAACCGCCUCUCACGGAGAAACUGCUAAGCAAGCCGCCGUUUAGAUACCUCCACGACAUCUUCAGUGAGGUGAUAAGGACCACAGGCUUUAUGAAAGGCCUGUAUGGAGAAAAUGAAAUGAAGUCGGAUAAUGUGAAGGAUAAAGACGCUAAGAUAGUGUUCCUCCAGAAAGCAAUAGAUGUUUUGAUGCUGGUGAGUGGCGAGCCCCUGGCCGCAAAGCCGGCACGUAUUGUUGCCGGGCAUGAACCUGAGAAAACCAAUGAGCUGCUGCAGGCCAUUGCCAAGUGCUGCCUCAACAAGAUGUCCAGUGAGGAUGCAGUUAAGAGAGUGCUUGCAGGAGAAAAGGUGGACAUAAAAAACAAGGCCAGCACCUCCAGGUCCCAGGACAAAGAAAAUAGGGAGGGACGUGAACAUCAUCUGGAUAGAGAGGAGAGGAAAAAGAUCACAGAGCGCAGCGGGAGCCGGGACCAGAAGGACCCAGACCAGCCCAAAGAGCAGGAGAGCAGACGGAGAGAUGGGGAGAAGGAGCACCACCGUGACAGGGAGCGCUCAGACAAGCUCCCACGCAGCGACCAGGACCGACACACCAAAGACCGUGACAAAGAAAAAAGCCGUGACCGGGAGCGAGACAAGGACAAAGACAAGGGAAGAACCAAAGACAGGGACAAGGAGAAGGACAGAGAGAGGGAAAUGGACAAGGAGAAGGACAGAGAGAGGGAAAAGGACAAGGAGAGAGACAAAGACAGAGAAAAGACAAGAGACAGAGAUUCUCACAGAGACCGAGAAAGAGACAAGGAGAAACGAAGAGACAAAGAACGAGAGAAAGACAGGGAGAGACAAAAAGAGGGGGAAGAGAGGAACAAAAGUGGAGAGAGUGGCAACAGCAAGGCCAGAGUAUCAGAGGAACCACUGCAAAAACCAAGCCCCGAAGAGCUGGGCAAAACAGCCAAACCUGUGCCAGCGCCUGCAGAAGCAGCUGAGAACCAGGCUGAUAGUCCAGCUAGAAUACCUCGGCCUUCAUCUGCCAAAGGGCAAAGGAGGAGACCCAAACUUGGGGGUCAAGAUGAAUCUGACAGCGAGGGAGACGCAGAUGCUCAGUUAGCUCAGAGACCUUCCCCACAGGAAAACGGAGUUUCUCCAGGCUCCUCAGUACCAUCAGACGUGGCCUCCAGGCGAAUACCACGGCCCAGCAGUGCUCGCCCAGCACCUCCUCGAGUCAAGAGACAGGAAAGUGGCAGUGACGUGGCCCCAGCUGAGAGGCUGUCCAAUGCCAAGCCCUCAGCUCCAGUCAUCAUGGAUGGUAAGAGACUGUCUGAAGAUGAGGAGGAUGAAGAUGAGCAGUUUGUUGUCGAGGAGGCCGUUCCUCCUCCUUCAGAUGCUCCUGAGUUGGAGAUGGAGCCUGCACAAGAACUUGACAGUGAAGACAAACAUGGUGGCCUUGUGAAAAAGAUCCUUGAGACCAAGAAAGACUAUGAGUUGUCCCCGUCCUCCCCUAAAUCUAAAGAACAGAACAUGGUGUCUGAAGCAGCGCGGAAGAAAGAGCGGGACAUGGUGACACGGGAGAUCGAGCGUCUCCGCUCGUCAAUCCAGACGGUGUGCCGCAGCACCCUUCCUUUGGGUAAGAUCAUGGAUUACAUACAGGAGGACAUGGACGCCAUGCAGGCUGAACUGAACACUUGGCGGCGGGAGAACAAAGAGCAUGCACAGGCCCUGCUGCAGGAGCAGAGAGCGACAGACAAGGCAGUGGAGCCUCUCAAGGUAGAGCUAGCUGAGCUGGAGCAGCUGAUCAAGGACCAACAGGACAAGAUUUGUGCUGUGAGAUCCAACAUACUGAAGAAUGAAGAAAAGAUCCAGAAGAUGGUGACUGGAAUCAACUUCUCCUCCAGAACCUGAAAUGAGAACCAAGGUGCACGAUGACAAAAUUUUGCUAAAAAUGCACUGAAGAUCUGGAGAUGUUUCUCGUUCAGAACAAUGGUAAGACCAUUUUCCAUGGAGGUGAUCAUGGACGGGACCAUACGCUGCACUUUUAAAGGAGAAGGACCCAGACAUGUCGGACUCAACCAGUCAGAUAUCGGUAAAUAAAAGCUCAAUUUGAUGGUUUGGAGGUCUGACUCACUAAUUACAUCUGCUGACUGACAGGUGAAUAAAUAUCUUCCUGCUCUGCACACUAACCUCA